AUGAUGAAUGUGAGUAGUGCUCUUAUAUGGGAGUUAACAAGAAGAAACAGCUGCUUUCUUAAGAAAAAUAGAAGAGGAAAAAACGGAGUAUUUUCAUGCGAUCCUUACAAUGUCAAUUGUAAAAAUGAUAAAUCCAACAGCGGUUUAGUAAAAGAUAAUUGUAUAAAUGUGGCAAUACUGAAAAGAAAACCAGUCUUACUUGUCAAAUCAUUAAAUGAAAAAAAUAUGGUUGUUAAUAAAGAGUAUAAAACAAAAAAUAUUAAGAAUUUUGAAAAAUUAAUUGAUGAAUAUGGAAAAGGUGAAAAAGAAAAAAAUAAAAAGAAAUUAUUGAAAAAAUAUAAGCGUUUGUGUAAAAUAUAUUGCAACACCCGUAGAGUAAAGAAAUGA